GUGCUGUGUCCAGGCACCCCCAGAACCCUGUCCGUGUGUCCAGCACUGACCCAUUCCACAUCCAGCCACCUCUGGCUCCACACCCCCACCUCCAUCCCGUCCGUGCAUCCUCCACUGACCCUUCCCCCCCACCCCCCACUGACCACUGCGUGUCCCCACAGGGAGGAGAAAUCCGAGGAGAACCUGCAGCGGCCGCCCAAGGCCAAGAAGCCCAAAAAGUCCGGCAAGGAGCCGGAGCCGGCGCAGCCCGCGGCCGAACCCGCCGAGGCCGGCAAGGCCGAGAGCUCGGAGGGCGCCGGGGCGGCGCCGGCGGCACCGGAAGCUUCGGCGUCGCCGAAACAGCGGCGCUCCAUCAUCCGCGACCGCGGGCCCAUGUACGACGACCCCACGCUGCCCGAGGGCUGGACGCGCAAGCUGAAGCAGCGCAAGUCCGGCCGCUCGGCCGGCAAGUACGACGUCUACCUGAUCAACCCGCAGGGAAAAGCCUUCCGCUCCAAGGUGGAGCUGAUCGCCUACUUCGAGAAGGUGGGGGACACCUCGCUGGACCCCAACGAUUUCGACUUCACGGUGACCGGCCGGGGCAGCCCCUCCCGCCGCGAGCAGCGCCCGCCCAAGAAGCCCAAAUCGCCCAAAGGCCCCGGCACCGGCCGCGGCCGCGGGAGGCCCAAGGGCAGCGGCGGCGGCAGCGGCGGCUCCCGGCCCAAGGCGGCCGCGGCCGUGUCCGAGGGCGGCUCUGCGGCCAAACGGGCGCUGGAGAAGCCCCCGGGGAAGCUGCUGGUCAAGAUGCCGUUCGCCCCCGGGCAGCCGGGCCCCGCCGCCCCGCCGGCCCCGCGGCGGCCCGGCCGCAAGCGCCGGGCCGAGCCGGACAGUCCGGCCGUGCCCAAGAAACGCGGGCGCAAACCGGCGGGGGCCGCGGGGCCGGGGGGGCCGGGCGGCCCCGACAAGAAGGCGGCGACUCCCCCGGCCGUGCAGGAAACCGUGCUGCCCAUCAAGAAGAGGAAGACGAGGGAGACGGUGGUGGUGGAACCGGUGACAAUGGCGGCGAGCGCCACCGCCACCACGACGACGCCGCGGCCGCCGCCGACCCCGCCGGGCCCCCGCGGCCCCCGCAGCGCCCGCAGCCCCGGCCGGCGCAGCAAGGAGGGCAGCCCCAAGGGUCGGGGGGCUCCCCCAGCCCCACCCCCGCCUCCACCGCCGCCGGAACCCCCCCAGAGUGACCCCAAGGACAGCGCCAGCCCCCCCCCCCCGCCGCCCCCGCCGCCGCCCCCGCCGCCGCCCCCCCAGGACUUGAGCGGCUGCUCGGAGCAGAGGGGGGGUCCCGCGGCCCCCGACGGUUGCACCAAGGAGCCCCCUAAGACUCAGCCCCCGCCGCCGCCGCUGCCGCCGUCGCCGCCCUACAAACACCGAGGGGAGCCCGAGCACAAAGACUCUGCCUCCUCUUCCUCCACCUCCUCCUCCUCCUCCUCAUCCUCCUCGUCGUCCUCGUCGGCGCCGCCGCCGCCCCCGCCCCCCCCCAGCGUGGCCGUGCCGCGGCCCCCGGCCCGCGAGGAGCCGGUGGACACGCGGACGCCUGUGCCCGAGCGGGUCAGCUGACUGUGAGCGGCCGCGGGGGAACGCACGGACGGACGGACGGACGGACGGACACACGGAUGGGCCCCCCCCUCCCACCUCCCCGCCCUCAGCCCCCCUAGACCCCAUCACGAGGCAGUGGGGAACCCCCCUCCCCCCAGAAAAAAGCGCCCGCCCCCCCCCCGGGUUUCCCACCCUUCCAUGCUCCCCCCACCCCCCUGAAUUUUUAUUACCGACAAGCACAGCGAGGGACCCCGGACCCCCCCACUUUGCACUUUUAGAGGAGGGGGGGUCUCCAGGGCCCCCCCCGAGUUGGGGAGGGGUUGGGGGGGUUGUUUUGGGGAGGGGAGGGGGCGGGGCUGCGUCUUCCCCCCUCCCCCGGCGCCGCUUUUCUCGUUCUUCCAGUUCCGUUCGCGUUUUCCGCCCGUGGGAACCAUUUGCACUAUGGGGGAGGGGAGGGGGCGUGGCCGGGAUCCGGCCGGCAGCCAAUGGGGAGCGGCGCUGCUGAGGGUGGGGG